CUAUCACCGACUCGGAGCCGCUAAUGCCCAGUCAUCGAGCAGUGUUCUAAAAACUGCUGCGGUAUUGAGAUAAUGGAAAGUUCAUAAACAGCUUUCCUUCAGUGGUAUGAAGUGGGUCGCCCGCGUUUUUUUCUGUACAACAUGAGUACUGCAGCAGCCCCUAGUCUGUCAACCCCACCCCCGGCGUACACGCCCUCCGCAAACGCUCCGUCCUAUUCCUACGCGCUGCGAGACCAUGAACGCCUCCUGGCUCAAUCUCCACGACGCAACCCUCGUCCCGUCGGCACUUACGUGAAAAAAGUGGCCCGCGACACGGUCUUCCUGAGCGAGCAAGAUCCCAGCGCUCCAGUUCCGACCUACGGACGCGAAGGGAAUGUGGUGGGCUUUGUCGAAAUGCAGGACCGAGAGUGGCUGAUUGCUGUCGUUUUCCAGAUUGAGGGCAAGGUGACUGUCGCCGAGGCAAACGGCACUGCAAAAGAACAGGAAAACGUCUUUCUGGAGCACUCUAUUGAUCUUUGGACUGCGCAGACGGCGAGUGCUGGGUCCUCGCCUCCCAGCCAACUCGCAUUCGGGUACAAUCUCCCAGCGACGUUCAUGGUCAACGACACAAAGCGACCGCUUCCGCCUUCGUACAGCUCUCUCCAAACCUGCAUCGUCUAUACGCUUUCGGUGAGCUUCACACGCGGCCGAGCCCGCAAGUUCUUCCCCUUCGCACCCAUGAACACGAUCUCCAUCCGCUUCGACUACCGGCCGCGCACUCGCGCCGAACAGCCCAUACCCCCCUUCUCGCCAGGCUCAUUUCUUCAAGACGUCAAGGUGAUGCCGGAAGAAUGGCGUCAACACACGCACCACAUCACAGGGCGCCCCAAAUCGGACGUGGCCCCUCUCGGUUUACAGGUGUACGUUCCUAUGAUGGGCGUCUUCGCGCUGGACGAGCGGAUCCCGUUUCAUAUGCAGCUUGCCGGACCGGCUGCGUCACUGCGCGAGUUCUACUGUGCGGACCCGCGCAAGGAGCGGUUACUCAUCGAGAUCAGGGUCGUUCGACUGACAUUUGUGACGACGAGCCAGGGGCCGACGCGUCAAUUCCGGUCUGUGCUUGCACGAGCUGAUCUGGUGAAUCUCCCUCCCGGUGCCGGUGACGGCCACUCAGUGUCGGACUGUGCCAGUCUCGAUUGGUCUGGGGACCUGUUCGUGAGGUCGGAAGAGGGUUCUGGCUCGUUUGAUGCUGGUAUAGUGAAGGUGCAGGAUUUCCUUGUCGUUGAUCUCAUCCCAGUUGCUGGCCCCAAGGCCCAUUUUGAUCGAAUCCGGCAUUCCUAUCCCAUCCGAAUCGCAACCGAUCCCUAUGAAGCGUAGUGUCUUCGCCGUCAGUGUCCCAAUCUCGUUCACGACAAGAAAUCUGAGGUGUGGAUUCGUCAAAGUAUUUGCGCAAUUCUAUCACUUUCAUGGGCUUCGGGAACACAGCAAGCUUGGCUGCAAUGUCGCGCUCGCUGAGGACAUAUUCGGGCAUAGUGCUGCCGCCGGCAGGUGUCCGCUACUCGUCCCUGCGAUAGCCCGCUCUGUGUUGAUCUGCGCGUGUAAACUUUGUCGAUAAACGCUUCCCCUACUUGCACGUUAUAAAAUUUCACUUCAGUCAAUUUUCCAAUAAUCUUUUCACCUCUUCUCUCUACUUCCAUCUUCGAGACUGCCAAUGAUCCAAUCGUCUUAGGAUCCUUGAUCCACCAAAUUGUUUGAGCUUCUAUAUCUUUCCACUCGUUUUUGGUGGUACAAGCGGAGCCGAGACAGUAAUGAUUG